UGGUGUCUGAAGGACAGUGGAGAGCCGCUGGUGGGCUGGGCCCAGUGUGCCUCCUCGUGAUCCUUGUCCCUGCAGUCCAUUCUGAUGCGUCUCCUGGUCCCAUGCUCCUCUCAAGUGACUCUUGGUCCUUGGAGGUCUCCCAUUGGAGACUGACCUCAAAGUGACCUCAGGCAGGAUGGCUCCUGGGACAGACUUACAAGAGGAAGUGACCACUUGUGUCAUCCCUACGUGGCAACCCGCGAGUUUUUUUUCGAUUCAGCCAUGGGCCAGAAAGAAUCCUUCCAGAUCCAUAGCCUGAAUACCUCAGCCCAGCUCCCUGCAGAGGGCAUCUCAGGGACCUCCCCAAAACCUAAGCACAGAGCCUAUUGGCUGCUGUGGCCACCCAGUGCCACCAGCAAGGCGAGAGCUGACUUGAGAAGUGAGCGGCCCCUUCAUCCUGCUGCAUCUGUGUGGAGCUGCGCCGCAGACACCAUGCAGCCCCAUGCCAUCCUCCUUCUGUUCUUCUUCUUCCCUGGGACCUGGGCAGAGCCAGAGGCUCUCUUCCCAUCUCCUGCAGGCUCCCACAUGCUCAAGCUUCUCCAUUUCGCCACCUUCCAAAACAGCACCUCCGUGCUUGUGGGAGGAGUGGGACUCUUGGGGGACGUGGAAAUGGGGUCUCUGGACAGCCGCACUGGGAACAUACACUACUACCUGCCCUGGAUGCGCCCAUCCUUGCCGAAAGGUGACUGGGAGGUCAUCGAGAGCUCCAUCAAGUCAUACGUGAGAGAUUUCAGCAAGCUGGUGCAGAUGUACGCCACAGUGCCCUACCCUUUUGUCUUCCAGACCUCUGUAGGCUGUGAGCUCUACUCCAACGAGACCAUCAGGACCUUCUUUGACAUUGCUUACAAUGGCCAGAUUUUCCUGCGUUUCCGCCUGGACACAGGCACUUGGGAUCAGAUGCAACAUAACCAGUUGGCAGCCAUAGCUGAGCACCUGAUGGUGAACGCCAGCACUCUCAAUGAGGUGAUCCAAGUCCUCCUCGGCGACACCUGUGUGGAGGUUCUGAGAAUUUUCAUCCAGGCUGGGAAAGCAGAUCUGGAGAGACAAGUGCCACCCAUCGCUGUGGUCUUCGCCCGCACGGCCGGCCCAGCGCAGCUCCUGCUGGUUUGCCGUGUCACCAGCUUCUACCCACGGCCCAUCACUGUCACCUGGCUGCGGGACGGCAAGGAGCUGCCCCCGAGCCCGGCGCUGAGCACCGGCACCGUGUUACCCAACGCCGACCUCACCUACCAGCUCCGCAGCACCCUGGCUGGGUGUCCCCCCGGGGAUGGGCACAGCUACGCCUGCCGCGUGCAGCACCGCAGCCUGGGUGACCGCAGCCUCCUCGUCCCCUGGGACGACUCCAAGAGGGGGCUGAGCGCGGGGCUCGGGGCCGUCCUGCUGCUGGCUGCGGCCGCCGUCGCCGCAGUGUUGGUGUGGAGAUACAGGAAGCGGCAGCGCUCGGACGGGGAGCGCGGCGUCCCUCUGGAGGAGCACCGGAGCACAGCGCAGGAUGGGACAGCCGCGGGGCAGUACGGGGGCUGCGACCAAGGGACGCCCGGUGAGGGGAGGGGGCACAUUUGAGUGCUUCUCAGCGCUGCACCUCGUGAAGGCACCCCAGUGCUCGCGGCAGCUCCCCCAGCGCCGAUAAACGUAGCCACCUGCCCACGAGCAGCGAGCUGCGCCCUCCCGUUGGCACCUUCUGCAUUUUACUGCCCACCCACCGCUUUUAUUAACCCUAUUCCGGAGAUAUUUGUGUCCUAUCCCUCCCCAGCCCCCUCCUUCAGCGACGCCCACCAGCGGCGCUGGAAGCGCUGAGCAGCACCGAGCUCUACUGUGAUCCGAGACGAAAAGCGACGCUCAAACACUGCCUUGCUCGCCACGGAGAUGCGGGUGUGAGUGGGGUUUGGGUGAAAACAGGCAGGUUUGAGGCAAAUGGAGCGUGGAAUAAAUGAAUAGUUAGACCCAUAGGUUGUACAGCUUGUGCGGAAAUCCCAACCCACGAGUACUUCCCUCUGUGGGCAUAACUGUGGUGUGGGGCGAGGUGCUUCCAGAUGAUGGGGGCAACACCCCCAAUCCCCCAUCUGCGCUCCUGAACAAUUCCAGCUCCAAAAGCAGUGG